UAAAUCACAAUCCCUGGAAGCCACGAAGUGUUAGAAUUUCUUGUCAUUGAAGGUACCCCUCUUUUGUUGCUUGACCCUCAAUCAAAGACCCAUCUUUUCCGUUUGGCUCAGGCAACUUCAGCACUGAAGCCCUAAUCACCAUAUCCACCAACCCUUUUGCUUUUCAACUCUCAAACUCCUACAUGGGUAGCGAAACUCUCUUCCUUCAAACCCCACCAACCCCGUCAUCCACCACCACUGUGAACCUGCCUGUACCUGCUCCAGUGGCAUCAGCAUCAGCAUCAGCAACAACUGCGCCCCCUACCUCUCUUGCUCCUGGCUUCAGGUUCCACCCAACUGAUGAGGAGCUUGUUAUUUACUACCUCAAGCGCAAGGUUUGUGGCAAAAGCUUCCGAUUUGAUGCCAUAUCUGAGGUUGACAUAUACAGAAGCGAGCCCUGGGAACUAGCAGAUAAGUCAAGGUUGAAGACUAGGGACCAAGAAUGGUAUUUUUUCAGUGCAUUGGACAAGAAAUAUGGUAACGGUGGCAGAAUGAACAGGGCCACAGUCAAAGGAUACUGGAAAGCUACUGGAAAUGACCGUCCAGUUAAGCAUGAACAAAAGGAGGUAGGGUUGAAGAAGACAUUGGUCUUUCAUAGUGGGAGAGCUCCAGAUGGUGUUAGGACAAAUUGGGUCAUGCAUGAGUACAGGCUUGUUGAUUUGCCAGAGAGGGCUGGGACUGGAUCCUCUCAGCCUCAGGAUGCAUAUGUCUUGUGUAGAGUAUUUCACAAAAAUAACAUAGGACCUCCGAAUGGGCAACGGUAUGCACCCUUCAUUGAAGAAGAGUGGGAUGAUGAAUCAGGAAUGGUUCCAGGGGCAGAACCUGUGAAUAAUGGUUGUGUUGCCUACCCUACACGUGUUGAAGGCAAUGGUGGAGUUUUAUGCAUUGAGGGCAGAAAUGAUGCUGUACAGGACACUCAGUCUAACAAUAAAGUUCCUUUUGAUGUGAACAAGCUUCCAAUAGAAACUCAAAAUCUUCUGGCUGUGUGCAAGAGGGAAAGUAUGGCCGAGUAUCCAUCACCUGAAAAGGAUGACAAUAAUUGUAAGCAAAUGGAUGAGUACCCUUCACCUCAAGCAGAUAAUCCAAAGCCUAUCCCUCAAAUAUACAAAAGACGGCGGCAUAACUUAUCAAACCACUCAAUCGUUUCUGGAGAUUCAAUUCGAACCAGCCAGGAUCCGUGCUCAUCUACAAUAACCACUGCUGCAACCACUCUUCCAACUACCACCACUGCUGCUGCUACCACCACUACUGCACCAAAAAAACAUUUUCUCUCUGCACUGGUGGAGUUUUCCCUGCUAGAAUCCCUCGAAUCAAAGGAAAGCCUUGCUUCAAUUCAGCCACCACCAGACUUUGAUGCUGCAGAUCUCGAGUCAUCUGUGCCUCCAAGCUGUGCAAAGUUCAUCAAACACUUGCAGAGUGAGAUGCAGAAGCUUGCAGUUGAGAAAGAGACAAUGAGGUUUGAGAUGAUGAGUGCUCAAGCAAUGAUUAACAUUCUCCAGUCUCGCGUCGACAUUCUCAGCAAAGAAAAUGAAGAGUUGAAGAGGAUGAUCGAAAAACCUUAGGAACUGGCAGUGCUCUGCCCUUGUAUCAGUUACAGUUAGUUACAGCUGAGUAAUGGUGCUCAGGGUGUACCGGAUAUUUUCUUAGCUUUCUGAGUAAGAUUUGUAGUUCGCUCCUUUCCUUGGCUAAACUUGUCAAUGUUAAUCAUUUUAAACUCAUCAUUCUGUAGCUUAUGCUCCAAUUUCCUCUUGUGAAAAUGGCCAUGUUAGUUCUUGCCCCCCCUCUAUGAAUCAAUAGAUUAGCAAUCCAAUUUCAUAGCUGUUUUUCAU